UCUACGCCAUUUCGUGUCUAGCGGUAGCUUGAAGGUGAUCGAAUUCGGUGGAGCAGCGGGAGAGGACGGGAGGGAAUCCACGUUCUCCAGAAAAAAACCCCACCCCACUUCUCAUUUUUAGUCUUUUACUCCUGUUUUUGAAGCUCCUUUUUUCAGCCACAGCGAAUCUACCAGCAGGUUUAGGACCACAUACACGUUGCUGCCCAUAGACCUGUGAUGGUGUGGGAUUUUUGAUCACCGCAGUGAUGAACCAGCAGGGGGCGCGGUGUCGCGGUUAACUGCGAUUGAUUGUUCUGCAGACGACUGCUCUCUAGCUGCACCAGACGAUCGGCAGCCCCCCACCCCCCCACAGGCACAAUGAACUGGUCCUCGUCCUCCGCCUCCAGCCUGAUGUUCAGCAGCAACGUGACCAACAAGAACGACCCUCGCUCUCUCAAUUCCAGAGUCUUCGUGGGGAACCUCAACACCCUGCUUGUCACCAAGGCCGACGUGGAGGCCAUCUUCUCCAAAUACGGCAAGGUCGUGGGCUGCUCCGUCCACAAAGGCUACGCCUUCGUCCAGUACCUGAACGAGAGGAACGCCAGGGCGGCCGUGGGCGGCGAGGAUGGCCGCGUCCUCGCCGGACAGGCUCUCGACAUCAACUUGGCCGGAGAGCCGAAGCCUCACAGGCCGAAGACCAUGAAGCGAUCUGCAGGUGAUAUGUUCAGCUCGACUCUAGAGUUGGACUACGACUUCCAAAGAGAUUAUUACGACAGAAUGUACUCCUACCAGCCGCGAGUCCCCGCCCCACCUCCUCAGCCGCCGCUGUCCCGCGCCAUCAUCUCCUCGAAGCGUCCCAGGGUCAGUCUGAGCAGCGGAGGGAGCCGGCGAAGCAAGACGGCCUUCACCUCCUCCUGCAGGAGCAGCCAGAGGGCUUCACACACAGUGAGGAGCACCGACCUGCAGACCGUGAAGAGGGAGCUGACACAGAUCAAACACAAGCUGGACUUCCUGCUGGAGAGCCUGGAGCGCAUGGAGAAGGAGCACAACCGCAAGUUUGAGACCAGGAGCUCCAAACCGGAGCCCGGGGAGGUGUCCCCCGUCCACUCAUCCACCUCCAGUAAGAAGGAGGGCAGCCUGAAGAGAGACAGGGAGAGCCAGGAGCUGAACGACUCCGAGGAGGAUGCAGAUCUGCUGGAUGACGAAGACGAGGUGAAGAACAGACGCAGAGAGGACGACGAGGAAGAGGAGCAGGAGGAAGGGGAGGAUGACGGCAACAGUUCCAACGGAGACGAAUCCUGAAUGUGCCGCACUGAUAAACCAGUAUGUGACAGAUCUGUUCUUUCAUUUCUGCUGGAUGACCGGACAUUUGUUUUUACAUUCAGUUCACUGUAAUUGUAAACACUUUUUUCUUUACUUUUUCAUGACUGUGGAAAAAAAAAUAUUUAGACUGCUCUCAUGCUGCAGCCUGAUAUUUCUUCUUUUACCCCUGCUGUUAGCUGCAUUCUGACCAGCAGAUGGCAGCAUUUUACUGCAAAGACUUGAAGGAGAGCUUCUGUUGCGCCUCCUGUCCACGGCGUCCCCUCUCCCAAGGUGUUUCUAUUCGUCCCCCCCCCAUUUCCAGUCUGCAUGUUUGCCCCUGUUGGUCGCUCAGCUGCACAGAGGAUUGCUGGUAAACGUGUCGCCACAUUGAAACCUUUGCACACGUUCUCCUCGCUGUUCCUCGAAGUCUGAGUGAAAUAUACGGAGGCUGGCUGAACAAGCCACUUCCAUCCUUAAAUUUUCAUUACAAGUGGUCAUGCAGAUAAUCCUUCACGUGCUCUACUGUGUGUUAGUUGUGGAGAAAAGACUAAAUAAACUCUUAGAAAAAGAA